CACCGAAUCACAAUUGAUGUUUUUGCUUAAUCACGACGAGAUGCCCAACCAGUCUGCUUAUGUAGAAGAGGUCAACUACGGCUAUGUAGUGAAAUGCAACACGAAACAAACCAAACAUCAGCCAUGGCCAAAGUUAUGGAUUUCAAUGACGGACUCGAGCUCUCCAUUCUCGACCAAAUAUGCAGUCGCUCUUACACCCGGUUGCUGUACUGCUUCUCCCUUCCCGUGGCCAUCAAUGAGGAUGAGACCCAAUCUCUUGUCGAAAGGUUUCGUCACGCAACUAACCAAAUCAUCGGCAAAUGGCCGUUCCUGGGCAGCAAGAUCCGGCUUCGCGAUCCCAAGGAGCCUGCCGGCGAGGUCGAGUUGUUCUGGACGCGGGAUAGGAAUCCCCUGCCAAUCGACAAGCACCGUUGGUUCUCCACUGACGGUGUUCUGAGGUUCAAGGGAGUAGAAGAAUGGGGCGCAAAGGGAGCUCCAAACUACUCUGACCUCGUGUCUAGGGGCGUUCCUCCAAGCAUGCUCGGGGAUCACGAGUUCUGCCAUGUUCCCCAUGAACCUAGUCUCGAAGCUCGGAAGGGCUGGCCCGUUUAUCAAAUCACUGUCAACUUUACCAGGGGAGGACUGAUGCUCUGCAUUUGUUUUGCGAACAGCGUCAUCGAUAGCUACGCUCAUGGCAUCAUCUUUGAAGAGUUCGCUAAACAGGUUAGAGACUGGCGGGAGCCCGUUAACGGUAUGGACAAAUCAGUUGGCCAAACUCAAUAUCGUAGCAAACAGAUUGAUAUGACCGCCCUUGCCGGGGUGAACAUCGACUGGACGAGGGAAUCCUGUCCAGAACUUUUGCCACCAACGCCUCCAUCGUUGAAGGGGCCGGUCGGGCCUGCUGGAAUCACAGCAUCGUCGAAAUACGGGCUGUCGAAAUACGGGCUGUCGAAAUCCAAGUCGUCGAAAUCCAAGUCGUUGGAAUCCAAGUCGUCGAAAUCGAAGUCGUCGGAAUCCAAGCCGUCGAAAUCCAAGCCGUCGAAAUCCAAGUCGUCGGAAUCCAAGCCGUCGAAAUCCAAGCCGCCCUCAGUCACGGGAAGAGUCUUCUCAUUUCCGAUGGAAGUCUUAGAGCGCCAGCAACAGCUGCUGCAUACGCAUUUUUGUACUGAUACAGCAGGGCGACCCAAAGUGACAUACCAAUUGGGAGAAAUUUUGGUGGCGUGGGUAUGGGGAUCGAUGGUUCGUGCUCGUAUCCGAGAAGAUACCGAGGACACAAAAGGACGCCACCUUCCCUUCUCCAAGCAUGUCCCAACCCUACUUACCUUCUCCAUGAAUGUCAGAAGCCAACUUGGGAUCCCGGAUGGAGAAAAGUAUCUUCGAAACGCCAUACUCUACAACUGUGUCGAGCUGAAGUCAUCAGAUAUGAUUAGGAAAGAGGGUAUGGAGCCUGGCAAGAUUCUCCAUCGCGUAACCCGUACUUUCCACAACCGGGCCCAAUCCUUCGAUGCUAAAGCUGUACGCAUCCGUCUGGAGUACAUGUCGAGGAUUUGGGAGCAUCCGGGUAGUGUAGAGUAUCAAGCUGACAGCGCAGAUGAGAACGACGUCAUUGUCGAUUGGUUGCUCGCACCCGGUCGCCAGACAUAUUUUGGGUCGGCCCUCAUUUCUGGGCAAACCAUAGAGCUGGGGCAGCCAGAGUUUGUGCGCGAACUGCCUGGUUCUCAUGCUCCUGGACGGUGUGCGGUCCUGCCACGAAAUUUGGGUCACAAAGUGCCGUUCGAGGUAUAUAUUCAGCUGGACGAGGAUGCAAUGGAGCGGCUGACGGAACGUCUAAAAAGGGGUGGGGUCCGUUGCAUUCAGUGA